AUGCCGAACAAUAUCGUUAUUCUGGGAGCCGGUGUGUCCGGCCUGACGACAGCAUACCUACUGUCUAAGGACGCCGCCAAUAAAGUCACCGUCCUCGCCAAGCACAUGCCUGGUGACUAUGACAUCGAAUAUGCUUCACCAUGGGCCGGCGCCAACUACAUGCCUACUGGCAAGGAAGGCAGCAAGCAUCAAGAGUGGGAGCGGGCUACAUGGGCGCCGUUGAAAGAACUCACAGAAAAGCACCCCGAAGCGGGCAUCCACUUCCUGAACACCGUCGUUUACAACCGCAAGAAGGACCAAGGGUCGGCCACCGGCGACUGGUUCUCGGAGUUAGUGAAGCCUAACCCGUGGUACAAAGACGUAGUGCCCAAUUUUAAAUCUAUCCCCGAUGGCAAGCUGGACGCUGAAAUGGACAACGCCCAAGAAUUUACCUCCGUCUGCAUCAACACCGCAGUCUACCUCCCAUGGCUGGUUGGCCAAUGUGCUAAGAACGGCGCAGUCUUCAAGAGAGCCGUACUUAAGCACAUUACCGAAGCUGCCAAUGCUCACCAUUCGGGGCAACGGGCCGACGUAGUGGUGAACUGCACGGGUCUGUCAUCCAAGACACUUGGUGGAGUUUCCGAUGAGAAGAUGUAUCCUGCCCGUGGCCAGAUCGUGGUAGUCCGAAAUGAUGCCGGCCCGAUGUGCUCCACCUCCGGAACCGACGACGGGCCAGAUGAGGCCGUGUACACGAUGACUCGUGCUGUGGGCGGUGGCACCAUUUUGGGAGGUUCUUACCAGAAGCACAACUGGGAUCCAUUGCCGGAUCCCAACCUUGCCAACCGCAUCAUGAAGCGUGCGAUUCAAGUUGCCCCACAACUUGUCAAGCCGGGACAGGGAAUUGAGGGUCUCGAUAUAAUUCGCCACGGUGUUGGCCUCAGGCCUUUGCGUGAAGGUGGUCCUCGGGUCGAGAAGGACGAGGUGGGGGGUGUGCAGAUCGUGCAUAACUAUGGCCAUGGUGGCUUUGGAUAUCAGGCAUCAUUUGGCUGUGCCAAUGAGGCGGUGUCCUUGGUCAAGGAAGUGCUGCAGAGCAAGACUCGGGCCAAGCUUUGA